AUGAAUUAGAGUGUUAGGAACUUUCAUUGGUUUCACCGAACUAAGAAAUAAAAGCAACUCUCUUCCUCGCCUGUCCAUUUUCUUGGAAAAUUUUCCCUUUUUCCCUUUCACUUCUUUCUCUCCAAACAUGGGCAUCUCAUGGAGCAACACAAGCAAUAGCAACCGGAGGAGAAACCAAGCUUACCUCCAUGGCCCUCCACCUCCUCCACCUUUCUAUUAUCCCCAAGAACCCACUUCCCUUCCUCCUCCGCCACCUCCACCGCCAUCCCAGCCUUCUACUAGCCACCCUUAUCCUGCGCAUCCUCCACCCCCACCGCCUCCAAUUCCCAACAAUUACUACUGUUCCCCACCCUACAACCCCUGCUGUUACUCAAACCCUGUCAUGGGUCGUUACCCUAUUCAAUAUCCUCCAUAUUUCGCCAACCAGGCUAGUGCCUGGCCCCCGAUUCGUGCUCAUGCCGUGGCGGCGCCGCCGCCUCAGCCGCCGCCUCCUUAUGUGGAGCAUUAUAAUGCCAAGAAAGUGAGGAAUGAUGUGAACGUGCACAAGGAUACGUUGAAGCUGGAAGUAGACGAGCAGAAUCCCGAUCAUCACUUGGUUUCUUUCGUUUUUGAUGCUUUGUUUGAUGGCAGUAUCACCAUUUUCUACUUUGCCAAGGAAGAGUUGAACUGUAGAUUUGUUCCCGUAUUUCCUGAAGCCUUCGAGCCUGUGAGAGUCCCAUUUCAGAAGGGACUUGGCCAGAGAUUCCAGCAGCCUCCUGGGACAGGAAUUGACUUAGGUUUCUUUGAAUUGGAUGAUCUCUCGAAACCAUCACCAGGGGAGGAUGUUUUCCCUCUUGUAAUUUCUGCUGAAACAUGUAUGCUGCCGCAUUCAUCUGAUGAACAUGUUGAUGAUCCCACACAAAGUACAUCAGCCCACAUGCAAAUUACUCAAGCCAUUUUAGAGAAGAACGGUAACUCUUUCCAAGCAAAAGUGAUACGGCAGAUAUUAUGGGUUGAUGGAGUCCGCUAUGAACUACGCGAGAUUUAUGGAAUAGGAAGCUCAGCAGCAGCAGAAGGCUUUGAUGAUAGUGACCCGGGGAAAGAGUGUGUUAUCUGCAUGACCGAACCCAAGGAUACUGCGGUCCUACCUUGCCGCCACAUGUGUAUGUGCAGUGAAUGUGCUAAAACAUUGAGGCUUCAGUCGAAUAAAUGUCCCAUAUGCCGACAACCUAUCGAAGAGCUUAUAGAAAUCAAGAUAAACAGCACUCAUUGAAAAGUUUUCUUCCUUUGAAGUUUGAUUGUACGGUAUGACAAAUUCUUCUUUGUGAUCUUUCUCUGAUUCACUUGUUUUACAAUUAUUUUGUAUAUUUUUCGUCUUCCCAUUCUUCAUAGUCUUUCUUAUGUGCUCGUACGGGUUUAUUAGAUGUCACUUUUUAAGAGUGGUUGUAUAAACCAAUUGAGUUAAAUCCCGAAUUUCUCGUGAACAAUUUCUGAACUUACACUUUCUAGAUAUUAUAUAUAUGUAAAGCUUGCAUAUGUUGGAAGUUAA